AUGGGCACAACUGAGUCAUGGUCGCUUUACUUCAACCAGGACGAAUACACACACUUCAACCAGAACGUAGAAAUGAUAGAAAGCAUGCAAUCAAAGAUAAAACAAUGCAAACAUAGGAUCGAUGUGGAAGGCGUUGCCCAAACGAAAAUAUUCGAAAUAGAAUACGCAGCAUUUGUAGAUUUUUCUGGCGAAAAACAGAUCAAGGAAAAUGCGGAGAACUGCAUCAAAUGUAUGGCCGUCGUUAUUUCGGACAUUCUUCUCGUGUGCAGGAAAAGGUUAACAAAGAUCACGGUCAGAAUAAAAAAUUACGGCGAGUUGAUGCCAUUUGCAUAUGUCAAGAGUGAAAACAUUUACAGUCUUGUAAAAAUAGAGGGCACGGUUUGCCGAAUCGGUCCGAAGAAAAUUGAAGUGUCCAAGCUGGUAUUUGAGUGCGAUAAGUGCGAAGAGAUCAUAACCAUCUGCACCAGUGAAUAUAAGUAUCCCUCGAAAUGCCUAGGUAACUGCAAAUCCAAGUUUUUUAGGCUACUCAAAGACUCUACAGCAAUACGUGAUUACCAGGUUAUCAAGCUGCAGGAACUGACAUCAAAUAUAGAAUUGGACGCGCAAAAAAUGAUUGACUGUGUAUUAUAUGAUGAUCUGGUCGGCACAUUGGUUCCUGGAGAUGUGAUUCAGGUGGUGGGCGUGAUAAAGACACAGCUGGAGAAUGAAGCCAUGUACAAGCUGGUAAUAGAGGUAAACAGCCUGGCUCAUCUGAAGAACAAAGUGACGCCCUUCAAUUUUAACUAUGAAGAGCCUGAUUUCAGCAAAUUUAUAGAAAUUGCAAAGUCGACGAACAUAAUUUCGUCAUUUAUCAAAUCUUUGUUCCCUGAAAUAUACGGGAAUGAAUUGAUCUUGUUCGGUAUUCUUCUAUCGUUGUUUAGAGGAACCAUUAAGUACUGCGGUGAGAGUGUUAUACGGCCUGAUAUACACAUUCUCAUUGUAGGAGAUCCUGGCUUGGGCAAGAGCAAAAUGCUUCUUAACGCAUGCUCAUUGUUACCGAAAAGCACAUUUGUGUGCGGAAAUUUCACGACGACUGCUGGACUCACGGUGUCCUUGACGCACGAUCCCGUGUCAAAUGACUACGUGGCUGACGCAGGAGCCCUGGUCAUUUCGGACAACGGUCUCUGCUGUAUCGAUGAAUUCGAUAAAUUAGAGAAUCCCACCUCCUUGCUUGAGGUGAUGGAGGAUCAGAUGGUAUCGGUUGCCAAGGGCGGGGUUGUAUGCAAAGUCCCAGCACGAACCACCAUAAUAGCGGCUGCAAAUCCCAAGUUUGGACACUAUGAUGUGAGUAAAAAGAUAAAGGAAAACAUUAAAUUCAAAGAACAAGUUAUUUCGAGGUUUGACUUGGUCUACUUGCUGCUGGAGAAUGUGAACGAAGAAUACAACGUGAGUGAAAACAUCAUUAAAAAAUUCAGAAGGAACAAGGGCACAAUCGAAGAAAGCCAGAAGAACAGGGAGAAUGCUGUUUGUACAAAAACCAAAGACAAUCUAAUAGAUUUAAUACGGAACGACAAUUUGAGUCAUCUGUUGAAGGCGGGUCCAACAAUUUAUGAGCAAGAAUUGUUGAAGAAAUACGUUCUCUAUGCACGAAACGUGGUGAACCCCGUCCUUACAACCGAGGCGAAAAGCAAGUUGCAAAACUAUUACUUGAAACUACGAAAGAACGAAAAUAUUACUAUAAGAGAUCUGGAGUCGUUGAUGAGACUGACAGAGGCAAAGGCAAAGAUGGAGCUGCGCAAUAUAGCAAGCAAAAGGGAUGCUGAGAUAAUUAUACAGUUGUAUGAGAAAACAUUGUUUAAAGAACGCGAAAAAACGUUCAAAAAGACUGAUCUGCUCGAGUAUUUGAAAGAGAUGAGCACCCGAGGACAAAACGUAUUUUCUACAGAAGAACUCAAUUCGUUUGUAGAAAAACUCGGACUAAAAAAACCAGCAGAACAAAUAAUUAGCAACAUGAACAACCAGGGAUAUCUAAUAAAGAAGGGAAGAAACCGGUAUGAAUUCAGGUAUUGACUGUCGCGUUUGUUUGCUUCUCUUUUUACGUUAAACCAGCAUUGUAUCAUGCCUUCUUCAUUCUUCUGGUGUUGCCCACGCUUUGAUAGGUGUUAAAAAAAAAAUUUCUGGUCGAGAAUUGUGUUUCAUUUCCAUAUUUUGAUGGGCAUUUUUUACGUCCCUUCCACGUACCAUUUUUUAACCAUCGGCAGGUCAGGCCACAGAUUGCAAAUUAAUGAUAAGUGGAGAUAACAAUGUAAAAAUUGUGAGAGUUUCAAUAAAUAAUUAAAUAUUUAUUCAUGCAUUG